CACACUGAGCAGCGUAAAACAGGCAAUGCAUAUAAAUAAAGUUAUUUUUAUAAUGUCUAAUUAUCAACUGAAUACUAAGUAGGCUGUGUACGAUUUGUUUACUAAUUAAUAUGCACAAUAAAGCACACACAACAAAAAUUUUAGAUAAUUAGGGCGAAGAUGCAGCAGCACGAAGGAGGAGAGUGCGCCACAACCAAUAAUGGCGCAGCGGCGGCAGACACCAAAGCUGACGAACAAACAUUUUCAAAGGUCUUCAAAUCGGAUUUCGAUGCCAAGUACAACAUUGUCGAUAUACCCACGCCAGUGAACGCCUUCCUGUCCGGACAAUUUAAACGUAGCUAUGCUUAUCACACGAUCCGUAACCGGUUGCCUGUCAUUCUCACAAGGGUCAUCGAUUCGCUCACUAGGGACAAGAGCGAGCUAAUCGCAGAGUUUGGUGAGCAUGCUCGUGAAGAGUUGAAAAUUGUCAUUGGAUUGAUCUCGAGGCUCAAAUAUGAACUGCAAACGGACAAACCCUUCCAGGAGUUUACAGGCGAUGAGCCGGAUCACGAUUUGUGGAAUGACUUUAUCGCAGAGCUGCCCAAGGAGGGGCGUACGUUUUAUCAGGCCUGCUGGAUGUACACCGAGUGCUAUACGUACCGUAAGCUCUACUCCUUUGUGGAGAACAGCAUCUUCAUCAAACAGUUUGAUUGCUUUGGCAAAAUCAAGGAGCAGGCAUUGAUCGGUAGCCAGGACGCCAUACUCUCGCUGGCCAAGUAUACGCGUCGCACGGAAAACUGCAUUGAGAUGUUUGCGGAGCUGUUGAAAAUGAACUUGUGGAGCAAUCGCAAUGAUCUCUCAGACGAUGGACGUCUCUUCAAUAUGGAGAUACUGCACGAUGUGAGUGCCAUGGAUGAGUAUAUACUCAUUAACAAUGUCGAGGAUAUAUGGAUAUGCUUGUCGGAGCACAAUUCAAUCAAUAGACAGCAUGUGGAUAUAGUACUGGAUAAUGCUGGCUACGAACUGUUCAACGACUUCAUACUGGCCGAGUACAUCAUCGAGAAGGGACUGGCUGAAAAAGUGCGCUUUCAUGUCAAGGCCUUUCCCUGGUAUGUCUCCGAUACCACAAAGCGGGAUUUUAAUCAUACCCUCGAGUAUUUGAGCAAACACUCUGAUUACAUCAUCAGCCUGAUUGGCAAUAAGUUCAAGCAAUUCUUUGAUGAUGGUAAAUUUGAAUUAGCACCCAUUUCCUAUUUCUGGACAGCGCCACAUGCCUUUCACAACAUGCGGAACCUUGAACCGGAGUUAUAUCAAAGCCUUCAGCAAUCAAAGCUCAUAAUAUUUAAAGGGGACCUCAACCAUCGAAAACUCUUGAGCGAUGUCUGUUGGGAGUCCACACAGGAUAUAAAAGUAUGCCUUGGUGGAUUUCUGCCCAGCAAUUUCUGCACAGUGCGCACAAUCAAGUCCGAGGUAAUUUCUGGUCUUGCACAGGGUGUCAGUGAGGAUCUGACGAGAAAAGAUCCCAACUGGAUGGUCACUGGCAACUAUGGCAUAAUUCAAUUUGUUGAUGGCUCACGUGAAUUUGGCUAUUAAAAGCAUGAAAAUCUGUACCAAAUAUGCUUCAAAGCAAAAGUUAAUCCAAAUAUAAACACUUUAAAUGUUAAAUAA